AUGGAUAGCGAUAGACCCAUCAUCUCCAGCACUAGAGUUAAGAGUGGGAAUAAUAGCAAUCUCAACAACAACAGCAGCAGUAGUCUUAAUAACGGAAGUGUUAAGAAAAAAGGACUGGACUUGGCUCCCAUAUCCACCUCGCCGAAUAGUAAUAAUAAUAAUAAUAAUAAUAAUAAUAAUAAUAAUAAUAAUAAUAAUAAUAAUGAGAUUCCUAUUAAACCCAUCACACCACCAGUUUACCGUAAAGGACGCACAAAAUUACAUCCCAUUGUAAAUGGAAAUGAUGGAUAUUAUUAUGCGGUCUCACUACCGCUGGUGGGAGAUGCGGCAAAGAGACGGUAUAAUAGUAGUCUCAAGAGACAGGAGAAUGCGUUGAGAAAAAAUAGUGAAAAGAAUAUCAUACGAUUAGUGCCGAACUCAGAAAAAGAAACAACUAAUACGAACACUACUAUUACUACUAUUACUACUACUACUACUAUUCCAACAACAACAACAACAACAACAACAAGAAAAGCACUAGGGCCGGAUAUUCAUAAAGAAGAAACUCCACAAAUGGCAGGAAAGCAGGGAUGGAGUAAACAAAUAGGAGAAACAACAGAAAGAAUGAAUGGGGAUAUGAAUAAAGUGAAGGCGGUGAAUACAAUACCGGACUCUCAUACAAUAGGAACGGCUAAAAAUAAAACUUUCUCUAAAGAAAUAUCUACACAAAGCCCAUCUGCUGUAUUAUCACGUCCAUCACAAUCUCAAUCACAAUCUCAACAAAAACAACAAAAACAAAUGCGUGAAGAGUCUGUGAAGAGUGAAAAGAAUACGAUGGGAGAGUCCCGUUCAUAUCCACCAACAUCUUCUCCUGCCAAAGUGACGAUAUCUCUCGAUAGUAACAAAAAAAGCCAUAAAAAGAAUACCAAUGUCACUAAUAACACUACCAACAAUAACAACAAGAGUGAUGAUAAUAAUAAUAAUAAU